GGAGAGAAUUGUUCCUGUGCAGGAAGAGCAUUGAGGAAUAUUAUUAUUGUUCAGGCAGCUGACCUGAUAAAGGACAGAGUGAACCUCAAGGGGUUUUACAGGAGAAGCUGUGUUGGAUCAGAAUUGGUAGACUGGCUUCUGGAACACUGUCCUUUUGUCCAGUGCAGAUCUAUGGCCAUAGGGGUUUGGCAGCUCCUACUGGACAUGGGAAUCAUGUCAUCAGUGGACCAGCACUUAUGCUUUCAAGAUACCUAUGUUUUCUACCAGUUUUCAUCUGAUGAGUGUAGCUACUUGUACUGUGAAUUUGAAAGAGAAGAGGAAUGGCAGAAUGGUGUCAAACUGUUACUGCAGCUUGUGCCUCUCAUUCCCAGUAGAGCUGGCAUCUGUGAACUGUCUCAUCAGAAAAUGGAAGACUCAGAAGAAAGCAGCGAUGAAAUUCUCGCUCGUCUAACGUCUGCGGUGCAGAGAGAACUAGCAGCAGUUAUUGCUUUGAAAGCGAGGAAGUCUGCAGUUGAACGAGAUGAAGACAACAAUGGCAAACACGUAACUGUGACAGAGGCUGAAGGUGUUCCAGGUCCCCAGGCAGGGGUGAUGUGCAAGCUUCAGGAGAAAGAUGAUAUCGGGCGAAUUGAACUGGUCCAGAAGCUGGCAAGAGAAAACUGUCAGUGUUUGCAGACGGACAAAAAAGAACAGGAGAAAUCCGAACACGAUGAUGAAGUGACGACCAUUCAGGUUAAGGAGCAGGACCAGAAUGUCCUGGUGCUGAAGAAAGUGCAGAGCUGCCGCCCAGCCCCCCAGGCGGGGAGUGUGGAGAGUGAUUGGAGAUACGUGGUUGUGUCUGGGACCCCGGAGAAGAUUUUGGAGCACCUUUUGAAUGACUUGCACCUGGAAGAAGUCCAGGACAAAGAAACAGAGACCCUCCUUGACGACUUCCUUCUCACGUACACGGUCUUCAUGACCACUGACGACUUGUGCCAGGCGCUGCUGAGGCACUAUUCUGCUAAGAAGUUUCAAGGCAAAGAAAACUCAGAUGUUCCUUGUCGGAAACGUAAGGUCUUGCAUCUUGUUUCCCAGUGGAUUGCUCUGUACAAAGACUGGUUACAUGAAGAUGAACAUUCAAAAAUGUUUUUAAAGACCAUUUAUAGGAAUGUACUGGAUGAUGUAUAUGAAUAUCCAAUACUUGAAAAAGAACUGAAAGAAUUUCAGAAGAUACUUGGAAUGCACCGUCGGCACACUGUUGAUGAAUAUUCACCACAAAGGAAGAAUAAAGCCCUUUUCCACCAAUUCAGUCUGAAGGAGAACUGGCUCCAGCACAGAGGAACUGUGACUGAAACAGGGGAAUUUUUUUGCCACGUCUAUGUAACGGAGCACUCCUAUGUCAGCGUGAAGGCAAAAGUAUCCAGUACAGCCCAGGAGAUCCUGAAAGUGGUGGCAGAAAAGAUCCAGCAUGCGGAAGAGGAUCUGGCUCUGGUUACCGUCACAUUCUCUGGGGAAAAGCAUGAACUCCAGCCAAAUGACUUGGACAUCUCCAAAUCCCUUGAUGCAUCUGGUCGGAUAUUUGUCUACCGGAAAGACCUGGCUGACACUUUGAACCCGUUUGCAGACAAUGAGGAAUCACAGCAAAGGUCGGUUAGGAUUUUGGGAAUGAACACCUGGGAUCUGGCUCUGGAAUUAAUGAAUUUUGACUGGAGCCUCUUCAAUUCAAUUCACGAGCAAGAGCUGAUCUACUUCACAUUCAGCAGACAAGGAGGUGGGGAGCACACAAUGAACCUCAGCUUUCUGCUGCAGAGAUGCAAUGAAGUCCAGCUCUGGGUGGCCACGGAGAUUCUGCUCUGCAGCCAGCUGGGCAAGCGAGUGCAGCUGGUGAAAAAAUUCAUCAAAAUUGCCGCUCACUGCAAAGCACAGAGAAACCUGAAUUCUUUCUUCGCUAUUGUGAUGGGUCUCAACAUUGCUUCCGUCAGCCGGCUGUCCCAGACCUGGGAGAAAAUCCCUGGAAAGUUUAAGAAGCUUUUCUCUGAACUUGAAAGUUUAACAGAUCCUUCCCUGAAUCACAAAGCCUACCGAGAUGCAUUUAAAAAGAUGAAGCCUCCCAAAAUCCCUUUCAUGCCCUUAUUGCUUAAAGAUGUAACAUUUAUUCAUGAAGGAAAUAAAACGUUUUUGGAUAAUCUUGUCAAUUUUGAAAAACUGCAUAUGAUUGCAGACACCGUCCGAACCCUGAGACACUGCAGGACUAACCAGUUUGGAGGUGACAUGUCUCCAAAAGAGCACCAAGAGUUGAAAUCCUAUGUUAAUCACCUCUACGUCAUUGACAGCCAGCAGGCCCUGUUCGAGCUCUCACACCGGAUCGAGCCGCGGGUGUGAGCCCCACCGCCCCGGGAGCUCUGGGAAUGGCAGUGCCAAGCACAUUGCUUUCCUGCGAGAACAGAAGUUGCUGAGUUUUAUCAGUAUAUCACAGGACACACACAGGAAAGCCAGCCCCAGCAUACUGGGGAAGUGAUGUCAGCCGCCAGAGGUGGGGAAAGGCUGCUCUCAGAAGGAGGAGGCAGAAAGAGAGUCAGAAGCUUUCUUGAAAUGGAGAAGUCUGGUUUCUUCUGAUCCACUUUGUUGAGCCAGUCCAGUUUUCACUUUGAGAUGUGCCAGCGUCAAGAUGAGAGCACGUGUCUUGUCACACAGUGACCCAGUAUCUCAGUUAGAGUGUGCAUGAGACAGGGAGGAGUUUUACUUUGCCUGGAAGGAUUACUGUUGAUAGGCAGUCAGGAAAGAGCUCAUUUGAACCCCUGAAGACAGUGAUGGCAUCUCUAGAUUUCCAGGGAGAAGGAGUGGUCUCUGUCCAUAUGAACUAUGACAUCACCAAAAGCCACUUGUGUCUAGGGAGUUGGUGAGGACUGGCGCUGGCAUCUCAGCUCUGAUCUCCAGAAGAGAAAUAUCAAGGCAUGCAUUUCUUUGCAUCCACAGCCACUUAUGGAUGUAUGCUUGCAGGUGAAAUUCGUUUCUGCACAGCUGACUUACAACUGUAGGCAAGUUAGACUAAGAUGCUUUGCCAGUACGGAAAAAUAGUCAUCUUUAAGAAAUUAACUCAUUGUUUAAUUUCUGGGGAUUUUCUUUACACAUGCAAGCAGGUUCUCAUCUCUCCUUGGAUACAAUAUGAUUUUCAAAAAAGCACAAUGCCUGAGACACUGUAGGCACUCUGAAACUGUUUUCUGAGUGACGGAAUCGUAGCGGUCUUCCCUCUUGUGCCUGGCGGUGCCCUCCUGUUUUGCAUGCCUUUGGCAGCCUCAUGCCCUGACUGUGGAUUGAGAACAGCUAGCACAGGGAUGUUAAGUGGGAUUUGAUGUGUGAAGCCCUUGGCAACCUCUAGAGAAGAGCAAGGGAUAGUGAUGAUUGCCUGUCUUUCAGCAAAUGAAAAAAGUCCCCAAAUAUCCAAACGUCUGAUUUAUGUUGGACAUUUAGAAGUCCUGUAGUCCACCUCCCAACCAAGGCAGGGAGCCUCUCUAUAAUUUGCCUUUUUUUUCCCUCAAAGUCUGAGAGUCUUUUAAGUCUCUAUUUAUUCCCAUUUUUACAGGUUGGGGUUCCUACAGUAAUUAAGACCUCUUGCUGUUCUCAGGAACUGGUUAGAGGAUAUCCCUCAACCUUCAAAUGAACAGAAAAGCCUGUGGGGUGCAGUAAUGAAAUCCACCCCUGCCAGCUAGAUCCUUGUCCCUUUGCUAAAACAUAAGGGCCCUGCUUCACAUACUAGCUCCAUUCAUUUCCCUCACGGGCACCCCUGGUGCCCCCGUCGCUGCUCCUGCCUGGCCAUCUCCUCGGUGCCCGUACAGAACCGCUUGCUUUUGUCUCAUCAGCACCUCAUUACGAAGCUGUGUCUGAUGCUUUCUGACGCCUUUAUGGCAGUGCUGUUUCCUGGGCUCGGGAACCACACUGAGCUUGAGAGAUCACUGGAAGGAGCUGCACAGAGAAAAUUUGGGGUAGAACUUUCAAAGAGACUCAGUCUGUUCCAGCAUGUCACGCUUCAGUCCAGAAAAUUAACGAGGGUUUAUAGAAAGGCACCAUGCAGGGCUGGUCCACUCAGAGAAAUGCUGCAGGCUGCUGGGAAUGGAAUGAGACCCAUUGGAGGAGAUCAGAGCCAUCAGAACCAGGGAAAGGCGACAUCUUUUACUGCUGAUCAAACACUGGAAAAGCUCUUCCCUUGGGAGCUACUGAAGAUGGUGUGGCCUUACAGCCCGGUGUGUCUUCUGGCCUUUUCUCUAUGCCAGGGAGUAGCAUUUGGCCAGUCUCAUCACAUGAGGCCAUUGUGAUCUUGUCUCUGUGUUUUACAAUUUAAAUUGUUAUUCAUAUCCAAUCUACAUUGCUCCAACUAAAACUAUUUCAGUUGCUCCAGUGGAGAACAGUUUCAACCCAGCACCUGCUGCUUAGACCUCAGUUCAAAUACAUCCAUGGCCAAAUGAACCCACACGUACAUCGUGCUGAAAAGCAUUGUGAGGGUGAAGUCAGAGUAUCCCACAUGGUAGGGGUGGAAACAGGCGGGGGGGAAACUGGUGCUUGUCUGUGUUUCCUGCAGCCGAGGUCCUGUGGCUCUCGGGGCAGCAAAAGGAAAGGAGGAUUUUGUUUAGUCUAGAUAUGCUUUCCACCCCUGUCUUCUGAAAGUCAGUAUCUCCAAAUUGUUCUGAAGUUUAACAUCUGUCUUGAGAGGUUUCCCAGGCAGCAGCUCUCAGAAAUUUCCGAAGCUCUGAGAAGACUUAAAUGUGGAAUUUAAAGAAUUCAAAGCAGAAUCGUGGGAACCAGAAUUAGCACAGCAUGAAAUUCUUUCUGGUGAAUGUGAGCUGUCCAAGUGAGCAGGCUGCACGGGACUGAGGCAGGGUCCCUGUUGAUGGGGAUGGGUCAUAUUCCUUCUCCAAGUGUCUGCCAAGGCUUCUUUGGAAUAGGUUUUGUUCUGGCCAGAAGGGUGGGCUGGAAGACAUCUAAGCUCCUUUCCAGCUCUAUUAGAUUUUCACCAUCACAUGAAAUCUCCAUUCACUCUGAAAAAUCUCCUGUAAUCUGCCACCUUCACCAGCAAGUGGUGCACAGCACUUCUAAGCAGGUUUCUUCUUGCUACAGCACAGCUCUCAGACAGUCCUGUGGGUCUUUGGAUUUGUCAGUAUUCCAGCAAACCAGCCCUCUUAGAAGUCAGCACAGGACAGGUUCCUAUGGGCAAAGUCACAGCUUUUCCAAAAUGUAAAAAAUUUUUCCCAUAAACAUUUACAGAUGCUCCAAAGACUACAGUGUUUUAAAUUCACUCAUUGUUAUAAUGUAUACAGUUGCCAAAUGGUUGUAGUGAUAAAUAUUGUGGCCUGCAUUACUUUAUUCUAGUGUCUGUUUAGAAUAAACUCAUUUUCCUAGACCCCUAUCCACAAGCAAGUCAGGUGGAGCAUACAUUAAACUCAGAAGCACGAGGAUAAAGUGAAACCCUGCGCCUCCCAGUUUGUAGGGAGGUGUUAACGCUACUGCAUAGUCACCUCCAAGCAGGGAGAAACGGUUGCAUGAAAGAGAGGUUGCCAGUAGCUUCUGACCCCUGGGGCUGGGCUUUCUCUGCUGCCCCAGCCCAGCCCCGUCACUUUGUCAUAAGCAUCAUACACCACAGUCCCAAGCUUAGUGUCCCCAGUGGCACAGCUAAUCCAAGCUGCUCAGAAACUAGGCAAAACAUUAAGAUAGGGAAGAUCAGGUCCACUGCAGUUGUCUAACAUGGAGUUUCUUUUAAACGCUUCAAAGACGUGUCCUUAAAAUUUCAGCCUGCUUCGUAACGAGUGGGCCAUUGUGCUUAAAACCAGUAGGGGAAGAAAAAGGUUUUAAAAAUUGCCAAAAAGUUAGAAAGUGUACUACUGUAUAAAGCAAAGCUGUACAUACUAAACAUUUUUUAGCAGAGUAUUUAUUUGCAUAGCCUAUUUAUUGUAUUCGUAUGACACUGUUAUUAAAUACUGGGAUGAAAUGGAUGACCUGAAACAAGGACUCUUGCCUUUUAGUGCGUCAUUAAAUAAGACUGCUGUGACACUGUAAGCUUGCGUUAACAAUUAGAAGAUAGAAAACCCGCCAUCAGGGUGUCUGUCUAACUUCUCAGGGACUACACUGCGUAGUUUUCCACCAUUAGUAGAGCUGGUAAAUAUGAAACACAUGUGGAAUUACCAGAAUUGCCAUUAACAGUAUUUUCUCUCAUAUUUCAUGCUUUCUGCUUCUGUAUAUAUGACUGUGCUGUGUAUUUAUCAAAGCUAGUAAGCAAUAAUUUAUAUGUAAAAAUGGCCAAGCAAUAUAAGGUGAAAACUUACGUAAGUCACUGUUACCUUAUCUUGUAUUUUCAAGUGUUUUUUUUUAAACCGCUUUUCCAAAUAUAAGAUUAUGUUAAAGAUGCCA